CAACAAUUUUCAGGUCAUCGCUGGCGUUCGUCGCGUCAACUCACGCUCUGCCGACGCCCACACACACACGUCCAGCCAUGAAGAGACGUCUGGCAGGCGGGAACACUCUGCGAUCCCUUCUGCUGCUGCUGCUGGUGAUGGCGCAGAACUGGGCAGUGGACGCCUCGCAAAAUCAGAGCUGCGCCGAGGCUGCCAUAGUGCUCGGGGAAGGGGAGGCCCGCAUCACGGCCGACCAAACAGGGGUUCAUAGUGUGUAUAUUUCCGAUGUCGUGUACCUGUGGCCCGAGGAAGGCUUCAUGGGCGUGGGUGUGCAGGCUCUCGUCGACACCGCCACAGGACCGGUGAGCGUGGCCGCGUGGUUCCCCGAGGACAUGUUCCCCGACGUCACCAAAGCCGCCUGGUGGGAGUUGAGGGUGUAUGUGAUUCGCGACAGUAACCAUGUGUUCUUCAAUGUAUACCUUGGUGAUAGUCGGAAGGCGUGUCUCUCUAGGGUCACCUUUAACAGCCUACAGAGUGUGGAGGUGGUGGGUUACGGUGCGUCGCGAUGGAGACACGACACACCACCACCUGGCUGUCCCUAUCGAGGAUAUAACCGCUCAGCGCCCUUUCCAGAAUCAUUCACUUGCACGGCGCCCCCAAUCAUCCCACCAGCCACUACAUGCCCGCCCACUACACCCCCGCCCACUACACCCCCGCCCACUACUUGCCCGCCCACUACUUGCCCGCCCACUACACCCCCGCCCACUACACCCCCGCCCACUACACCCCCGCCCACUACAGCCCAACCCACCCCAGAGGCCACUACAUGCCCGCCCAUUCCAGUGGAGGUGUCGGAGAUGAUGGCAGUUUUGACCGUGAUGAUUGGAGACAUGUACCACACCCUACAGCGUCUCGAAGCGGGUCUGAAAGCGGCCCGGGUUCCUGCCUGGCCCGGCAAACACCACGCCCGGCCGCGCCCUCAGCCAGUCCGCCACAGCCCGGCCUCCACGAGAAAUUAGGAGCAAUCACAGCGCUGAGCCAGGCUGCCCGCUGCUGACGUCACUGCUUAGACUAUAUACACAGUUGUACUACGGGCUGCUUCUGGGCGGCAUAUUUCCCAAGUCUCUUACGGUUCAGCAUAAGGAGAAAUUAGGAGCAAUCACAGCGCUGAGCCAGGCUGCCCGCUGCUGACGUCACUGCUUAGACUAUAUACACAGUUGUACUACGGGCUGCUUCUGGGCGGCAUAUUUCCCAAGUCUCUUACGGUUCAGCAUAAGGAGAAAUUAGGAGCAAUCACAGCGCUGAGCCAGGCUGCCCGCUGCUGACGUCACUGCUUAGACUAUAUACACAGUUGUAUCACAUAUACGCCCCGUGAUUGUCUCCAUGUAUCUCCCUUAAGGACAAUAAACAGCCAUAGAAUAUA